CGGCAUGAACGAACAAAAUGUACGUACACCAUGAUACCAAAGAAGAAGUAGAAAACGGAAGUGAACAGUAAUCGUGUAUUUUUUCAAUUUCAACGUUAGCGGUUUUAUUGUUGUAAUUUAGACGUUUGUUAACACCAUGGAACUCAAAAUAUGACGAAUUUAACUGUACAGCAUCACAUACUUACCGCAGGUGGUCUUUAAUUCACGUUGGAGAAAGGACUUGGUUGAUAGAGCUACGUAGUAACGCUAGCUAUUUGCUAACAAUGGCUAACUGUAUGGUUUUCCACACACAAAUAGCCUCCAUUAUGGAGGUGCUAGCGAAUGCAGCCGUGGCAGAGAUAUGUAAAGUCGUCGACAACGACUAUGCAGUGUUUCGUUUGGAAAUUUCUCAAAGCCAGAAAGAAAACAGGGGGUUGCGGAGGAAACUACAACUAAUGGACUUGAAGGUGGCACGGGAGCGCGCAGAGAGGACAAUACGAGAGCGCGUCCCCGCCAGUCGUCCCAGUAGUGUCAAGAUCCUCGACCGAUACAGAGGAAUGGCAAGAGGUGAAGGACAUCUCACUGGAGGCCACAGAAACUUUGAAAAGCCAGCGGGACACAAUGCGUGGAGAGAUGACCAACCCAUAGCUGUAGAUGAGGGGAGUGGAACCUCAACCCAGCAUGUUAUUGUGAUAGAGUCUGCAGAUGCAGAGGCAGCAGGUCCUGGAGGAUCGUCUCUGGUCAAGCAGGAGAGGACUGAAGGAGAUGACCCACAACACAGCCGAAACAUCCAGACAGGAGCAGCGGCUGGAGUGGCACUCCCUGUAGCCACAGCAGACCUCGUCAACGCCACGGCGCCCCAGCACAGGACCCGACGCAGCAUCACGGAGGAGGAGGAGGGUCUGGAGGUGCAGCUGGUGAAGGAGGAGGAGGGUCUGGGGAACCGUAAUGGGACCAUGGUCAUGGAGGACAUCCAGACUACACCUCCUGAACCCACAGAGGGACCAUCUGAGCAGCACAGGACUACACACAGUCUCACUGAGUCAGUAGACAUGGAGGAUGGGAAGCCUGAUCUGCUGCUAGUCAAAGAGGAGAUGAUAGAAGAUGAACCAGAGAGCAUUGACCUGCUGAGUGGUCUAAAGAUGGGGGAGCAAGGUGGCUGGCUAGAGGCUAAUAGAGGAGACUGGGCGACCAUCUUGGAUUCCCAGACGGAUGCAACCAAGGCACCAGGGGACAUCAUCACUGAGCAGGCCACAACCAGAGGUGACUUGGUGGAGUCUGCAGUCCAUGAGGACCUGCUGAUGUCCGGUGUUGCUGGAAGGAGAGACUGGAUAUCUGAGGUGGCUGGUCACAAACCCUGGCCGCGGAUCAGGACACUGGAUCAGGAGCCGUCACGGUUCCUUCUUGAAUCGGAACCAGGUCCCAACCGCGAGGGACAGAGACUCCACCAUCACACAGAACACAACCAGUGGACAGGUGGACUGAACAACCUCAAUCCUGGUGGUCAUCAGAGAGACAGAGGCUCCAGUCAGCAGCCCAGACCCUUCUCUUCACAGUCUCAGUGCAGGGAUGAAGCAGGACCUGGGCCUGAUAGAGAUGGACCCUCCUGUUCCUAUGAAACAAACACCACUGUAUCCAUGAUGAACAGAGCAGGCUACCCUGGGCUUCAGCCUUCACAGAGAGUGGUGGGAGAACCCCCUGGUGGUAGUCUAUCAGCAAGUCUGUCUUCUCCUUCAGGGUCUCGUCUAAUGCCUGGUGACUGGGUUCAUAGACAGCCUGGACCUGGGUCUAGCCUUCCUGGUGAUGGUUACCCCACAAAUACAGACAGGGUCAGGACGGGCGUACCUCACAAGAGGUACCUAGCCUAUAACACGGCACACAAUCCCAACAACACCCAAACAAUGGCUAGAGGUCAAGGAGGGAGCUCAAAGACUAACCACCUGAGGACGGUGGCUCCUGCUUCUAUCUCCUCUGGUGUUAUUGGGUCACAACGUGAGAGGCCGAGCAUUAGUACCGACGCCGACAAGCCCUACUCCUGCCCCACGUGUGGGAAGUGCUUCGCUAGGGCAAACUAUUUGAAGGAGCACCAGACCGUUCACACCAAGGAGAAGCCCUUCAAGUGCAAACUAUGUUACAAGAGCUUCUCCUUCCUGACUAACCUUACCAGACAUAAGAGUGUCCACAACGGGAAAAAUUUGUAGCAGUGUGGUUUGAGAUGUACACAGGGGAUGUCUGGGAAUUAUUCUUCACCUGACAUAUUAUAGUUAUCAUGUGAAGUGUCUUGGGAUAAGAAGGUAAUUAACCACAUACCCCUCAUUAACCCUUUAUUAACAUGUCAUGUUCUGGAGCAACGUGUUGAAGGUGCCUGAAGUCAACUCUGAAAGACUAGCAGGAAGUGUUAGUUGCAUGCAUGAGAGGACCAAUGGGCAGGCUCGGGUGGAGAUCGUUGAUGUCACUCGCUCUCGGAGUUGGAGACGAGGGCCAGCUGAGGGGGACCUAUUGGAUUGGUGCUCACCCCUGCCCCUCCGUGUCCAGCGUCUCUGUUCUUAGGGGGACGGUCCAGCCUCUUGGAGUUCUUCUUGGAACAUAGGACAUAUCCAGGCUGUUUCACAUCCGGCCGUGAUUGGGAGUCCCAUAGGGCGGCGCACAAUUGGCCCAGCGUUGGCUGGGGUAGGCCGUCAUUGUAAAUAAGAAUUUGUUCUUAACUGACUUGCCUAGUUCAAUAAAUUAUCAUUUUAAAAAUAUGAAACAUGUAAAUACCUGUUUUUAGUGACUGUAAACUUAGGCUAGAACAAGGACAGUUACAUAUUUACCUUAGUGAGGUGAUGUAGAUGGAAUAGUCAUUCUACUCUAUUCUUGCUAACACACUGUUUGUUCUAAACAAAUCUGCUCUCAGCUUCAAAGUGGUGGAAAAAGUACCCACAAAUCAUACUUGACUAAAAGUAAAGAUACCUUAAUAGAAAAUGACUCAAGUAAAAGGUACACAGUUAAAUUCUACUUGAGUGAAAGUAUAAAGGUAUUCGGUUUAAAAUAUACUAAAGUAUAAAUCAUUUAUAAUUCCUUAUAUUAAGCUAAACAGAUGGCACAAUUUUCUUGCUUUUUUAAUUUACGGAAAGCCACGGGAACACUAGUUUACAAACAAACCAUGUGUGUUUAGUGAGUCCGCCAGAUCAGAGGCAGUAGGGAUGUUCAGUUGAUAAGUGCGUGAAUUUGACCGACUAUGUUCCUGUCCUGCUAAGCAUUCAAAAGGUAACGAGUACUUUUGGGUGUCAAGGAAAAUGUAUGGAGUAAAAAGUGCCUUUGUUGCAUUUAAUCACAAUUUUAUUUCAGUGGGCUAUCUCUUUGAAAUAACUUCUCAGCCUAUUCACAAUAAUAUUGGGCUGAAUGCUGAUAGGGGAAACUUGCUGAAUGAUCAGAGAAAGGAUAGUCAAAGCUUAUUUUUUUGGACUAUUUACAGAAAAAUAAGUCCUGGAUGCUUUGCUGGCAAUCGACAACAAGAAAUCCACAGGGGCCAACCAAUUGGAUCCAGGUCGACUUAGGUUUGCAGCACCCAUCAUUGUUGGCUCGAUAACCCACCGUUUUUAUUUAUCGUUUAUCAGGAAAUAUUACACAAUUAUGGAAAUCAGCUCUUGUGCUGCCUCUCCAUAAGGCCAGGAUAGUAGUUAUCUUAAUAUCACCCCAUUUCAAGCUUCUUGAAUCGUUGGUAAAUAUACAACUUUGCUAUUUUCUAUCUGAGAAAUGUAUUUUGAAUGUAAACCAAUCAGGUUUUAGGCCUGUGCAGAGCACUAUUACAGCAACCACUUUAGUUAUGGAUCUUGUCAAUGCUUUAGACACAAAUUAAUGUGUUGCUUUGUGGACCUGUCAAACGCUUUUGAUACUGUUGAUCAUGUCAUUUUAUUUAAUAAGUUGUCAUCGAUGGGCCUGAUUUCUGACUCCUGGUUAUCUUAGUGACAGAACUCAGGCCAUCGUGAUUGAUGGGGUUAAGUCUGAAUUUCUUGAGGUACAUAAGGUGUACCACAGGAGUCGAUUUUGGGACCUGUAUUCUUCACUAUUUAUAUAAACACCAUUGGUUAAUCUGUUUAAAAAUGGUCAACUUCAUCUACAUGCAGAUGAUACUGUUUAUGCUAUUGCCCCAACUGUCGAUCUGGCUGUGUCAAAACUACGGUCAAACUUUAUAGCUAUGCAGGAAUCCCUUGCUGAUUUAAAAUAUGUGCUUAAAAUGGGCAAAUUCAGUGCAUUUGGAAAGUAUUCAGACCCU